AUGAUGGACGGUAGCUCUGACUUGAUUAAGUCCACUUUUAUCCACAGACGUGAUGAAGGAAGGGACACUCUGAACACAGAAUUUCAAACCGCCGAUAAUUCAAAAUUUGAAGAGGGGGUUUUUGGAGUUAGUUCCUUUCGUUUUACUAAGAUGCCGCUUCUCAACAAAUGGAAUUCUUUAGAGUGUAGUAAUUCUAAUGAGGAUUAUGAUUGCCGCCAUAAGUCCGGCCAGCGCACAUUGGAAACAUCAAUCUGCCUUUCACCAAAGCCCAAAAAGGACGUAAUUGCUGAAAUCAGUAUUGACUUGAACUGUGCAAAAUCGAAUAGUUACGGCCCGGGUGUAGAAGAUGAUGUGUGCACGAAAUGCAUUGAAGUAGAUUUUGCUGAUCCGUUACAUUUUGAAAGCCACCCACGUGAUUCAUCAUUGAACAAGGCAUCGAAUCUAUCUGGUUAUUCUGUAGUAGAUCAAAGUAGUCGUCCCAGUCUUGAUGAGGAUAGCAUUCGAAGAACUGUGAUGUCAUUAAGGGAGAACGUAGACGAAGUCAACCGUGCAUUAUGCUCCCAGGUCAGCGCUACAACUAUCGAAAAACAACUACUAGAAGAAAUACAGGGUAUGAAAUUACAAUUGUGUGAGUUGAGUGAAGGCCUGAAAAAUCAGUGUUUAAACAGUCCUCCCCAAGAUCUGUGUGCUCAUUCGUCAUACCUGUCAAAGGAUUCCAAGUUAGAACUGAGCAAGAACAUUGAGGAAAUUAAGUGCCACCUCCAGCAACUAACUGCGGGACUCGGUUGCUCCUCAUCACCUCCCGUUUGCCCCAAGUGCAACUCCCCGUGCGAGAGUUUGAAAGCUGAGGAGAACGGUGAAAGUGAAUACAAGUCUGAAAGUGAUUCUCCAGUCAUGGAGUGCCAGGAGGCUUUACAGUGCUUAGAAUGUGAUGUUGUAACCCAAGAAGCUAAAGUUCGAAGAGCAAACAUUAAUCAGUUCCUGCUAGAUAAAGUAGAAGGACUGAAGACCUCCAUCGAUGACGCUAUAGCGACAGAGAAAGUCUGUUAUGAAAAUGAGAAAUCAGAUCAUUUUUGUGCUCAUUUUGCUACCGAAAAGGACGAUCGCGCUAAUACUUGCACACAAUCUGUGGUAUCCACUGGAAACCAAAAAACUUCUAUUGAGCGUAUAUUUCAAAUUUUACAAGAUCUAGAAUACCUUCUUUCAUCUGAUAAAUCUAGUCUUAACCAGGCCAGAGCUCUGGAGCUGGUCUGUAACUUGAAGCAACUUCUAGAUUCUGAAUUUAGUAAUCCGGAUGUGAAAGCUGAUGAUAAUAUGGCAUUCCGGGAAUUGAGUGAGAAAUAUAACUGUGCGCCGCCGUAUCCAAUAGCUCUUCCACCUUGUAUGAUGGAUGAACGGAGGCAUCCCGACUCAUCAAGCCACAAGGGCUCUGCAGCCUCUGUAUGCGUAAGCACUAUUUCUAAUCUCUCAGAAUUUCCCCCAGGAAAAGAUUUAAAUGAAUCUAUUAACGCAAAAAUAAAAAAUUUAUUACGUGAGCUCUAUUGCGAGUUACAGUCAUUCGAUGAAGAUAUUAAAGCAAAAGUACUUUCGAUGUUGGAGGAAAUAAGCGAAACCUUAGAAGCACUGCAAAGUUGUCAACAGACAGAGCUUGCUGCCUCUAUGAAUCUUUGCGCCGAUUGCGAAGUUCAAGCAGAACCUGAACAGUUUGAUACGUGUGGACUGCCCCCUACACCUCAAGAAGAAAUGACUAGUGAAAAUCCCAAUGAGUGUCAAGUAGCAAUCAUGGCAACACCAAAUUUGUGCAGUCUAUUAACGGAACUUCAGAAUCUUAUUAAAUCACUGCAACCCUCGGCGCAGCUCUCCGACUAUGAUUUCGGACCAAAUCUAGAUCGUGUGUUAAACAAUCUGAAACAGGUUUUGCAAACAAAGUGUAAUGAGUCGGAUAUUCUGGAGAACAUAGGAAGUAUUUUGAAAUCCAUGGAGGCCGAGCUUUGUCAGCAAGGCGCAGGGGCUUCAACACAGGCGGCUGCCAUUUCCGAGGUGGAAGAGUUACUAAUGGCUGCUGGUGUUAACUUUCUCAAAGAGGAAGAAUAUUCCUGUGAAUCUGAGCACUCCUUAUGUUGCACAGAUGGGACGGUUCCGAGUGAAAUGUAUGAUGAGAAGAUAAUGGUAAUCCUGGAUGCGAUAGAAAGAUGUAUUAGAGAAGCUGGAAGUUGUUGUCAAAAUCAUGUGGAAGCAAUGUGUCUCACAGGAAACGAGCAGUGCAUAAAUAUGGAGUGUUCCAAUGCUCCUGCUCGAAGUUGCGCGGAGGAGGUCGAAUACAAGUCACCGGCAGUCGCGUGUGCUGAGGCGAUCAAUUCACGGGUAGCGUUGAUUUUAGCGGAACUAAAGGGUGUCGUACAGACAUUGGAGAUGGAGGGUUCUACACUUCGAGAUAGCACGAUUUCAAAGAUGUUUUACAUCUUCGGUCAAAUUGAAUGUGUCCUAGAGACAGACCGACAAAAUGCUUCCCUUCUCAUGGAAAUAAAACAAAUUCUUGGACAAAUAAACGGAAAGAAGAUGGAAAAAGUUGCAGAAUCUAUUAUUUCUGAACAUGUAGCACCCUUCACAGCAUGUUUUCCUCCCCCUACAACAGGCAGCGAAAUCCGCGAAAGCAAUAGUCGAAGUCGAAACCGUUUGAGUACAAUACAAAGUGAAGGAUACAUUCCCUCUGAACAUGCAGCGCCCUCUACAGCAUGUUCUGUUUCCCCUACAAGAGGCAGUAAAAUCUGUAAAAGCAGCAGUCAAAAUCGAAGUCGAUGCAACACAAUACAGAUUGAAGCAUAUAUUGACUCUGCACGUGCAGCAGCUUCCACAGCAUGUUCCCCUCCCCCUACAACCGGCAGCGAAAUCUGUAGAAGCAGCAAACCAGGUCUAAGUCGGAGCCGAAGUCGAAGUAGUACAAUGAAAAGUGAAGGUUAUCUUAACCGGUGUCUGAAUGCGCUUAGAAAGACGCGCUGA